UUCUCAUUAGUUAUUAUCAACCUCUCUCAUUACUACUACAUAGAUUGAAUAAAAUGUUGGUUGCUUUAUAAGAAAGGCUUGUUCAAAAACAUCCACAUCCCCCCAAAAUAAUCUCUCCACUACUUCACCUUCUUCACACAGACACCGACACAGACACAGACAGAAAGAGCACACGUUCCCACAAACUCUUCCUUUUCAGUUUGUAGAAAGAGGGUGAAUCAUCAAAAACUCAAAAGGGCCAAAAAUCUUUUAAUUUGAGGCAGCAAUGUCAAGAUCAAUACUUGUAAUAAUAAUAGGGUGGUGGUUUUCGCUUCUGCUAAUGGGGAUUGAGGGGCUUGGGGUGAAUUGGGGCACCAUGGCAAACCACAAGCUGCCGCCGAAGACGGUGGUGCAGCUCCUCAAAGACAACGGCAUCAACAAGGUGAAGCUCUUCGACGCCGAUCAAUCCACCAUGAACGCCCUCGCCGGCUCCGGCAUCGAGGUCAUGAUCGCCAUCCCCAACAACCAGCUCUCCGCCAUGAACUCCUACGCCCGCGCCAAGGACUUCGUCCGCCGCAACGUCUCCCGCUACAAUUUCGACGGCGGCGUCACCAUCAAAUAUGUUGCAGUUGGAAAUGAGCCCUUCCUCAAAUCCUACAACAACUCAUUCCUCAACACCACAUUCCCAGCUCUUGCAAACAUUCAGAAUGCUUUGAAUGAAGCUGGCCUUGGCGACUCCAUCAAAGCCACUGUUCCAUUGAAUGCUGACGUGUACGGCUCCCCUGAAACCAACCCUGUUCCCUCAACCGGGAGGUUCCGGCCGGAUAUCCUCCCUCAAAUGACCCAAAUAGUCCAGUUCUUAGCCAAAAACAAGGCCCCUUUCACCAUCAACAUCUACCCUUUCUUGAGCCUCUACGCCAACGAGCACUUCCCCGUCGAUUACGCCUUCUUCGACGGGGUAGCCACGCCAAUCCUCGACAACACCAUCCAAUACACCAACGUGUUCGAUGCCAAUUUCGACACGUUGGUGUCGUCUCUAAAAGCAGUGGGGCUCGGUGACAUGGAGAUCAUCGUUGGGGAGGUCGGGUGGCCAACGGACGGAGACAGGAACGCCAACACAAACUACGCGCUGAGUUUCUACAGAGGACUCCUCCCGAGGCUUGCAUCCAACAAAGGAACCCCUCUUCGCCCCGGUUACAUUGAAGUGUACUUGUUCGGCCUUUUAGACGAGGACAUCAAGAGCAUCGCUCCCGGUAACUUCGAGCGCCAUUGGGGGAUUUUCAAGUACGACGGACAGCCUAAGUUCCCCAUGGACUUGUCCGGGCAGCUGCAGGACAAGUACCUCGUUGGUGCACGGGAUGUAACCUAUCUCCUGAAGAAAUGGUGCAUGAUGAGGCCGGACGCCAAAGAUCUCUCCAAGCUAGGGGAUAAUAUAAACUUCGCGUGUACCUUUGCCGACUGCACCCCCCUCGGGUAUGGUUCUUCGUGCAGCACAUUGGACGCCAAUGGGAACGCGUCCUAUGCGUUCAAUAUGUACUUCCAGGCCGUCGGCCAGAAAGAUACCGCCUGUGGUUUCCAGGGCCUUGCCAUGCUCACGGAUACCAACAUAUCUCAGGGCAACUGCAAUUUCAUGAUUCAGAUAGCAACAGCAUCACCUUCUACAAGAUUGACGCUCCUCUUUGGGCUAACCUUGCUUUUGUUAUCCCUUAGCCUCUUGUAGAUAGAAAUACUCAUCCUUUCUAUUUUUUGUUUCGAUUAUUGAUACUUAUUCAUAUUGAUUGAGAAA